AUGGGAGUUGCCAGUGCCAUCAGUGGACAGCCAGGACCUGGGAAAAAGGAUGGUGAAAGAGGACUCUAUGUGAGCAAAGGCACUUUAGGAAAAGUCCAUGCUGGCAAGCUGCUGAGCCAGCAAAGUGAGCUCAACUCCUUCCUGUGGACCAUCAAGAGAGAUCCCCCAUCUUACUUCUUUGGCACCAUCCAUGUCCCGUACACACGUGUCUGGGAUUUCAUCCCAGAGAACUCAAAGAAGGCCUUCCAGCAAAGCCACAUCGUGUACUUCGAGCUGGACCUCACCGACCCCUACACCAUCUCAGCUCUCACCAGCUGCCAGCUUCUGCCACAGGGGGAGAACCUCCAGGACGUGCUGCCCCGUGAUAUCUACCGCCGGCUCAAGCGGCACCUGGAGUAUGUCAAGCUCAUGAUGCCGUCCUGGAUGACCCCAGACCAGCGGGGCAAAGGACUGUACGCAGAUUACCUCUUCAACGCCAUUGCUGGCAACUGGGAGCGGAAGAGGCCAGUGUGGGUGAUGCUGAUGGUGAACUCUCUGACGGAGGUAGACAUCAAGUCACGAGGUGUGCCUGUCCUGGAUCUGUACCUGGCCCAGGAAGCGGAGCGGCUGAGGAAGCAAACGGGCGCUGUGGAGAGAGUGGAGGAGCAGUGCCAUCCGCUCAAUGGUCUGAACUUCUCCCAGGUGGUCUUUGCUUUGAAUCAGACUCUCUUGCAGCAGGAGAGCCUCCGAGCAGGCAGUUUCCAGAUCCCCUAUACGACAGAAGAUCUUAUCAAGCAUUACAACUGUGGAGACCUCAGCUCCAUCAUCUUCAACCAUGACACUUCUCAAGUCCCAAAUUUCAUUAAUGCUACACUUCCAGCCCAUGAACGUAUUACUGCCCAGGAGAUAGACAGCUACUUCCGUCAGGAGCUCAUCUAUAAACGAAAUGAGAGAAUGGGCAGGAGGGUGAAGGACCUUCUGGAAGAGUACCCAGACAAGAGUUUCUUCUUUGCAUUCGGAGCUGGUCACUUCAUGGGCAACAACACAGUGAUUGAUGUUUUGAGGAGACAAGGGUACGAGGUAGAACACACUCCAGCUGGACAAGCCAUCAACAACAGAAAACCCACCAAAACCUUGUUAGCCUUUUCAUCAUCAUCGCUGGCACAUGGUCCCUACGUUGUGUCCCAGGAGCUCCCACUGCCACUGCAUCCCCAGGAGGAGGAGGAGGAAGAAGAGCUUCUGCCUCACCUGCUGCUCCCUGACAAUAUUGAUGUGCUGGAGAAGGUAGACAGAAAGUACAAAAAGAAGAAGAAGAAGCAGCAGAAGAAGCAAAGACUGAGACAGUUUAACGACCUCUGGGUUCGCCUUGAGGAAAGUGCCGCUGACCCUCCUCCCCGGAUCCGCAUCAUUAAUGGCUACAUCACAGUUGAACCCCAGCCCCGGGGCCAUGGUCGGUCCAGUCAUGCUCGUGCGGACACUGGCAGCACUCACCAGCUCUCCUGUUCUCUCUUCCUUACGCUACUGACUUUGAGUUUGCAAAUGAUAAGGCUUCCUUGA